AUGAAUUCCUCCGAUCCUACUUUCUCCUCAGCCGGUGAAUCUUCUCGAUUAUCCGCCAGAUCAGCCAGAAGUGCAGCUAGCAUAGGAAGUGGUGCCAGUUCAGGUACCUCUCAAAGUCUACCUUUACCUCAUACCGUUCCGCUCGCCCCUCCGGCACCUAUGCCAUCAGAAGCAGAAAAAUUCUUACCUGUUCGACCUGUCCCGGAUUCGCUUCUCUUACGAUCUACGUUCUCUUCUCUAGAACACUCAGCUGCGACGCUCAAACGAUUGACCAAGGCGGCUUUAGGGGCAGCAAGUGUGGUGAGGUCGCUUCUGGAGCAACUGGAAAGAGCAGAGGACGAGUUGUUUGGAGCUUUAGGAGAACUGGCACAAUGGUUGGAAGUUGGGUAUGGUGUACAGGGGGGAGUAUGGGAUGUGAAUGAGGGGACGAGAAAAGUCAGGAAAGCGAAAAGGAGGAAAGAGAGGGAAGAGUUGGAAGUUUUGGUAGAGAGGAAUGUCGCGGCUGUAAAAGGGGAUUUGAAGAGACAUGGAGUGGCCAAUGGGGCUGCUAGGGUCAAAUUUGAGAACGUCGCCAAGAAUUUCUAUCACCAAACAUCACUAUACCUCUCUCCUAUACCCGGUUCCCCCACUCCAACUUCGCAAUACGCUUCUUCGCCCCAUCUAACUCCUCGUCGCGGAUCAUCUGACCACGCGCAAGCUGCUCGUCUGGCACAAUUCGAUCUUGCUCGGUAUAAUCAUCAUUCCACCCUUCUUUAUGCUGUCCCUCCCAGCUCUGUAUCCUGUCUCGAUCUCCUCGUCUCUCUUUACACAUGGGCGUCUAGUGUCUUGAGUGACUCAACUAUCACUUCCACUGAACCCCUACAGUUCACCCCUCGUCUAAAUGGGUUGUCAGCUGACACCGACAAACAAUCUACUAGUCCUCAUCCUAACCCCACUUUGCUUCGUCUCACCCUAUCUGAGUCUCUUUCCCGGCUCGGUUCCGUCCGGACUGACUUACUCGUCGCAUGGGGUCAAAGAGAACACCAAACCACCGACCUCGAACAUGCAGUAUCGAGUUUGAUCCCUCAUUCUUAUUCUGAUGUCUCCCAUCUGGAUCCUGCGGAUGAUACCUUCGGUACUUUCUCACCACCUUCUGCCAUUUUGUCCAAUCACGCCAUCGAACAUCGUCGACCAAAAAGGAUACAUAAGCUCCAAAAAUCGGUAGGUGGUAGGUUACGAGAUUUACUCAAUCCCUCUUCCAGCAAUUUAUCGCUUUCCCAAACGUCCGGAGAUACCCCACAAAGAUCAUCGAGGAUGAGUCUGGACAGUGCUUCCUUUCGCCCACGGAUGAUAGACACUCCCUCCUUUCCUCCGAGAUUGUCGACCAUCGAAGACUCCCCCACGCGACCUCCAUUAUUGAACAGGAGGUCGCUUCAGGGGAACGGGGUCAACUACACCUCACCGUUCUUUGUCAACGCCUCUGCUAUUGAGGCGAAAUCAGUAGCUUCUGGUGUUGGAGGGGUGGGAGGGCUGGACGGGAGGGGCGAUGAAGAUGCUGAGCGUGAACAAGUCGGGAGGAAAAAGGAGGGAGUACUGUGGGGUGCAGGAAGCUGGGAGGGCUUGAGCAAGACAGGCGGAAAGUCGAAGUGGGAGAAAUUCUGGGUCGUCCUCGAUCAUUCGAGGAUAUACGAAUAUCGGGACAAUGGUAUCGAAAAACCUGAUUCGGCACAUGCUGUGAUCGAUCUCAAGUUUGCCAGUGUUCGGGAAGGUCGAGGAACGGACAGACGCUUCGUCUUCGAGGUUGUGACCCCGACUCAAGGCCGAAGAUUGUAUCAAGCUACAUCGGAGCAAGAAAUGAAGCAAUGGUUAUACGCAAUUUGCAACGCUAUCGAAUCUUGUAUCAACGGCACUUCCUCCGUUAGAACAUUUGAUGCUUCCAAACUGCGUACCGUUUCCGGAUCUUUAGAUGACCACGCUUUACCCACUCGACCUAAACUCGGAUUCCCCAGUAUAGGUUUAGGUACCCCAGUUGGUAGACGUUCUCUUCCUCCUCAAACGCCAGUGGAAAUACGUAAACGUCAAACAAGUCUCAAAAAGGUAUUAAGACAAUCCGCCGAGAUAGCGGGUCAACAAUGGAAUAACGUCUCUCAAGCUGUCAACUCCGCAAGAUCCGAUUCAACUGCUCUUGAAUUACCUCGACCAACGUUCCCACAACAACACACUCGGUCUCCGGUUCAAGAAGAAGAAAGAUUGACUCCCGUGUCAGAACCAGGGCAUUUGUCGAUAGGUACGGGAACUAGCGAUGGGGCGGGAACGUCACCGAGUAGUAGACCGAGCGAUAGGUAUAGUUGGUAUGAUAUGAGCGUAGGGGAAGAUAUCGAGAAACGGGUUUUGGAGAUGGCAGGUCUUGGAUUGGGGACCGUAGGAGAAAGUCCGGGGAGAAGAGUGAAAAGUGAGAGUCUGGCACAUGGUUCUGAAGGAGAAGGGGGAGUGACGAGAAGUAGGUCAGAAGAUCUAGAACAUUUGGGGAAAUCGGAGAAGAGAGUGGGAGAUGUGGGGGGUACGAGAAGUAUGGAAGGGAGGGAACCGGAUAUGAAAAUGUUACGGGCUAUCGCGGCGGAAGAGGGGAAUAGUAAAUGUGCGGAUUGUGGAAAGGGGAUGAAGUCCUCUCGUUGGGCUACGAUCAGCUUACGAGAUCACCCAAUGGUAUUGUUCCUCUGCAUUCGUUGCGUUGGAAUCCAUCGUUCACUCGGUACACACAUUUCCAAACCUCGAUCUGUAGAUUUAGACAUUUGGACACCUGGUAGUAUCCUUCUCGCCGCUGAAUGGGGUAAUGAGAGGGGUAAUGCAGUUUGGGAAAGACGAAAACCUCGUGAUUUGAUACCGAGUGACGAUACAAUGCCCGAAUGGAUCAAACGGAAAUACGUUGAAGGGAUCUGGCUUUCGGAAGAGGAUAGAAUACAUUUUGGUGUAGCAUCAAGACAUUCACAAAUCGUUUCGCCUCGUUUACAUGGACAUACUCAUGGAAGUGGACAUGGUGCGAUUACGUGAUUCUUUCUGUCUCGUCAGUGAUAUCAUCAUACCGGUUGACAAGAGAAAUGUUAUGCAUAAUAUUUGACGUCUUG